UCGGCGGGGCGAGGCCCAGGGCCCGGGCGGGCGAUGGAGGAGGCUCUGCUCUCCACCCCCAUCAACCCCAACAACUUCCCCGCCAAGCUGUGGCGGCUGGUGAACAGUCCCCGGUACCGCUCGAUCCGCUGGGACGGCCGUGGUGAGGGGCUGCUCAUCGACCAGCCGCUCUUCGAGGCCGAGCUGCUCAGCCCGCCCGGGGCGGGGGCCGGGGGCGCCGGCGGCGGUGGCGGCGUCGGGGGCGCCGGGGCCGAGCCCGAGCUCUUCAAAACCACCAACUUCACCAGCUUCAUCCGCCAGCUCAACCUCUACGGCUUCCGCAAGGUGGUGCUGGGCGGGCCGGGCGCGGCGGGGCCCGGGCCGGGGCCUGGGGGCGGCGGGCCGGCCGGCGACGGGCCGCUCCACCACUUCCACAGCCCGCACUUCCGCCGCGACCAGCCGCAGCUGCUCGUGCACCUCAAGAGGCUCACCAGCGCCAACAAGGCCAAGCUGGCGGCCGGCCUGGAGGUGCCCUGCCGCCCGCCCAACCGCUUCCAGAGGCUCCUCAUCACGUCGGCCUCGGCCUCUGCCUCCACCUCCCCGCUGCAGCACCAGGAGCCGCCGCUGCCGCCCUCGGGGCCCCGGCCGGAGCCGCAGGGACCAGUGGCUGUAGGACAAUUUCACCGGUCGUUCCGGCGCGAUAGUUUGUCUCCUUACUCCUACGUAUCGACUUCAUCCCACAACCACAGUACUUUUCCUCUGAAAGGUUUAGAUCGGACCCAGAUCCCUCCUAGAACAUGGCAGAACUCUCUUGGAAUGCACCCAGGACAAGUGGAAACGUCUCCUACUUUUUCAGAUAAAGGGGUUCCAUUUCCUGUACUACAGAGGUUUCCAACUGAGGUUACGUAUACCCUGCAGCCCAGUGCCACAUCCGUACACGUUCAGCAAGGUCCUCAAACAAUGGUCAGCUCCUCCCAAAAAUACAGUAACUACACGCCCUCAGCGCAGUACUCCCAAGCCUACUAUCCAACAGCUGUGCUGCAGUGCUGCUCGCCUCCCACCCGCAUGGACGCGCUCAGUAGCUGUGUCACGCCGCCUGCCACCUCCUACGCACACUGCAGCUACUUUCAGAAUCCUCCAAUGCAGUCUUCCUAUCCAGUUGAAUUUCUGCCUUCUAAUUGGCCUUGCAGUGCUACUGAUGAAAAUAAAAAGACAGAAGUAAACCUAGAGGCUGUUUUUCAGAUAGUAGAUGAGUUGCAUUCCUCCCCUAAAUUGGAGAUGGUCAAGGUGGAGCCUGUUGAGAAUCAGUGCUCAACAUCCCAGUCUAAUAGAAGCCAACAUAUCCUAGCUAAUUCAAACAACAGCAAUCCAUCUUCCACAAGUCAGGCUAGCCAGCUGGAGCCACUUACUCCUGUAGGCUCAGAUAUUACGUCUUUUGUGGUCGGAACAGAACAGGCAAUUACCAGCUCACUACCACAGUCACCUGAGUACAUCUAUACCAUCCACCCAGCUCAGCCUGUUGAAAAUACUACAAUGCAAGAGUCUGCAAUCAACCAGCAAGCUCACAUCAAACUGAAGGAGCAGCUAAGUCAUAAUCCAGCUGCAUCUUCAGUAGUAUUUGUUCAGGAAGGGCUACCAUUCAGCACACACCAGGUGGAUGCCAGUAUAAAAUGCCAGACCAGUCCACCUGAGAAUAUCUUGCCUUCAGAACAAAUGGGAUUCCUUAUUUCAGAAAUGGGGCCUGCUAGCAAGCCUAGUAAAGACAUGAGUUUAUCCACUCCAGCCAGAUAUAGAGAGCGAAGAAGCAACUCACAGCAAGGAAAGUCCCCUGUUCAUCAGUUUCUCACCGCUUGCUCCUUGCCGGACCAUGUGUGGAGUCAGCCCCCUAGCUUUGAUUGCCCCCUCCACCCGCCACCCCGCCCACCACUGCUCUGCCCACAACACCCAGCAGUUACAUAAGAUCUUCAUCUGCUGGUGGAUGUUGCCUGCAAGCAGGAACACUUUCCAAAUGAGGAAGAAUUAAAAGAGUGAGGAACGGGUGAAACUGUGACGUUGUGCACUAGCUGUAGCUGGAGGCAGGCCAGCCUGCGCGUGACACACUGUUGGGAUUGUUUUCAGUUCUGUUAAGGAAAAAAAAAGUAUUUUUGUUUUGUUAAUUGAGAAUUUUGUUAAUUGAGAAUUGGAAUUUGAUAUUUACUACAGCUGUUCCGUUCAGAUUGUUCACCUUGACAAACUACACAACAUCUAGCCGUCUUUUGUUUGUUUGUUUGCUGCCCAGAUCCCUUUCAAAUGAAAAGUCCUGGCCUUCUGUUACAGUCAAGAAGCACCUAAAAACAGCUGCGUGUACGGUGCCGGAGAGCAGUCUGUGUGGGUGUGCUGAUUUGUCGUCUUGCCACUUCCAACAGUAGUCAGUGCAGCUCCACUGGGGAGUGCAGUCUAUCUGUUUCAAAUCGCAGUGUGAUCCUUUUAGAGAAGAGUGUGAGAAGCAAAGGCAUGUGAGGUCACCAAGAUCACAGGUCUAAAUGGGUCAGGAAUUCCAGGGAAGAAACUCUGGGGAAGAGUUAAUUUUCUAAAUGAUUAACCAGGAAAUGCUCUCACUUCCUCACCCAGCGUUCUGUUUCAAGAGCAGGGCAUCCGGACUUGGACCAUCCAUCACACUUAACAGCCCCUUAUUCUUUUCUAUUAAUGGGAACUUUCUUCUAUUUUCAUAUCUUUCUUUAAUUUUAAUGAUACAGUAUCAUAAAUGGUAAGGUUUUGUUAAUGUAUCACUUGUUUAAUAUAUCUUCUAAAGAAAAGUAUUUUAACUUGUUUAAUAUAAUUGUAUUUAUAAAUGCUGGUAGAUUUCAAGUUUUAAAGCUUUAUAUUUUUAUUAAUAUUGUGAGUAGAAAGAUAAAGGAUGCCUGUGUAAUAUUUUUAUUUUUAAAGGGGAAUGUACAAUGUGUGAGCAAAACCAUUAAGAGAUUUAACACAGUGUUUAUACUUACAUUCAGUAAGUAUAAAUUCUCAGCUGUAAAAGAUACUGUGUGCAAAUUUUGGGACUAACUGAUUAGUAGUUACCUAACAGAAGCUAUACCUUUAACAGUUUAUGUAUGGUUUAAGCUUCUGAGAGAAGUUUGGAUAGUGGGAUAGACUUAACAUUUUUAUCUCAUCCCCUCUUUAGGAUCCUAAAUUCGAAUAGUAGAAUUGUGGAACUGGUUUUUAGGAGAGGUAUCUUGGAUAUCCAGUUUCUGUGGUUGAUUCCUCACUUGCUCAUCCAAUGACAGCAAGAAGCUUUCUGAUUUUAAAGUUUUCAGUUGACUAGAACUUUCUUACUGGAUUCUGCCUCAGUUUUCCUUAUAAGCACUGCAGAAACAAAAGGGAAGCCUAGGAAUAUGAAACUAGUGAGAAAGGAAAGGCACGUAGUGAUAUGUGACAUAAAUACUCUUUCAGCCAUGGUGGGUGUAACAAUACAUUUUUUAAAUUGCAUUGUGCCUUCCCAUUGAUGUCAAACCCUGGAAGUAUUACAGAGAUAGUAGUAUUUUAGAAAAGGAUGAACUCUGUUUUGGUCUGCAGUGACUCACUUUAGAUAUGAAAAUAGGUUCUGAAAAGUGACCUCUUUGGUCUAUCUGAUUAGACUAGUCCAUGUCGAUGUGAUGAACAUUUAUUUAUCUUUAUCAGCAAGGUUUAAAAGAUGAAUGGAUUAUCAAGACUCCUACAUCUUUUGGUCAGACUCUGUAUUUUGGUAGAGUAUGUGAAGAGGAGACCCAGUUUCUAAAUGAAGGAACUUUGCCUUUUCUCUGUCAUGUUGAAAAAGCUGAUAAGUAAAAUAUCGUGAUAUUCCUUCCCUUAGCUAUGCCUUUCUUGGCUUCAUAUAUGUUGAAAGAGAUAAUAUCUUUAGAGGAACAUGUGUCAAGCAGGAACCUUGACAUGGAUUUGGUUUCAGUUGUUUUUGAGUCUUAAUUAAUGAAAUGCCUUUAUCAGCUUUCCAAACUGUUUUUUUAUAUAUUGAUACAACAGAUCGGGGAGCUGGAUCUCCUGCCAUACUCACAUGCCUGCUACUCAUCAGCUAAAGCUAUCAUUACUGUCUUGGAAAAGUGGCAAAAGAUAACAUAAAAUCUUUGUGUAAAUUAGUCAGUAGGGUCUGAUACAGGCUGACAAGGUUCCUGACUAGCACCUCAGUAUUUCAGCACCUUAUACACAAAAAAUUUCAAUCAGUCAACAAUAAAGUGAGUGUUUCAACUAGA